AUGCGCGGUAUCAUGCUUAGCAUCAUGCACGCGCUGGUCUUUGCAGCACCGAUCUUUUCCGCAUUUUCCUGCGCAAGUAACUCUACAAACAGUGGACGACCCGCAUAUCGCUUUCUUCCAGGUGAUCCUGACUGGCCAACCGAGGGUGAAUGGAAUAAACUGAAUGAGACCAUUCAGGGACGCUUGAUCAAGGGAGUCCCACUCGCCCACACGUGCUUUGGUCCAACCACUAGCCAGGCUGAAAUUGUCUGUAAUGCCCUCUCGAAUGAUUGGGAUUAUGUCACUCCCUUCCUCGGGGACCCAGUUAAUGUCAUGUCGCCUUAUUGGCAAAAUGACUCCUGCAAUCCGUUCUCAGCCUCUAAUGGUAGUUGCCGCUUGGGCAACAUGGCGUCCUAUGCUAUCGAGGUGACCGAUGCCGCCACGGCAAUUGCAGGAAUGUCGUUCGCGAAAGAGAAAAACCUGCGACUGACGAUCAAAAAUACGGGGCAUGACUACCUCGGUCGCUCCGCUGGAGAGGGUUCUUUGGCUUUGUGGAUGCAUAAAUUAAAGGGGAUUUCGGUACUCACCAAUUACACUGGUGUAUCUUACACCGGGCCGGCGAUCAAGGUCGGGGCUGGAGUCGAAGUAUGGGAGGCCUACUCUGCAGCACAAGCAGAGGGUAUGCGCGUCGUAGGCGGUGGCUGUCCCACCGUGGGGGUAGCCGGAGGGUGGCUGCCUGGCGGCGGCCACGGCCCUCUGACCUCGGCUUACGGGCUCGGUGCGGACGAGGUGCUGGAGUAUGAAGUCGUCACGACGGAUGGCCAUCAUCUUGUAGCUUCCCCCGCGGGUCCCCAUGCUGAUCUUUACUGGGCGCUCAGUGGUGGUGGACCGGGUAAUUAUGCCCUAGUACUUUCUCUAACGAUCAAAGCUCACCAGGAUGGGCCUGUCGGGGGCUUGUCACUAACAUUCACCAACAACAAUGCGAAUGCCUACUGGAGCGCCAUCGCGGCCUGGAUCCGUCACCUGCUCGUAAUCGACCGGACUUUGCCCGCUGUGCACACCUCUGCCACCUUCACCAGCUCGUUCUUUUCUGUCGAUUUCGUCACCUUCCCCGGCGCUACGUCCGAACAGAACAUCAUUAGCGCGAUAGAGCCGUUUCUGGCCCAGCUUAAGCAACUCAAAAUCUCUCUCGCAAGUAUCGAGACCCACCUCUCGCCAACAUUUUAUGACCAUUACCAGUACUUCACCACGGCGUCCAUCAAUGCCACCAACGAAACGCUCAGUAAUCGCCUUAUUCCCCGCAAAACGGUGCAAAGCCAUCUCCCUGCCCUGAUUCAGACUUUUCAAGACAUCAGCAACAUCAAUUCAGCCGCUGUCUUUGUCAUCAACAGCGCCAAUGUGACCCAUCAAAACGUGGGUAACGCACCCGGAUUCAACUCCGUCCUGCCCGCCUGGCGCUACGCACUAUUCGAGUUGAACUUCGGGCUAGAACUUUCUCCGGAAGCAUCGUGGGAUACCAUUCGCAACCAUCAGAUGCAGGUCAACGACUGGGUCGACAGGUUCCGACUGCUCACCCCAGAAAGUGGAUCCUAUAUGAAUGAGGCGACGUGGAACAAUGCGCACUGGAAAGUGGAUUAUUUUGGCUCUAAUUAUCCACGCCUCGCAGCGAUUAAAGCUAAGUAUGAUCCAGAGUACUUGCUUUUUGCGAAUGCAGCAGUGGGCAGCGACGUAGCAUGGCGGACAGAUAUAGAUGGCAAUGGGAGGUUGUACAGCCGGUGA